GGAAAACCACAGUAAAGCAGAGUAGAAAGCCAAAAAGGGCUUCCCAUAUAUACUUAAGAAUUUAUAGUCUCAUCAGUUGUUGCUAAAAUUCUCACCAUGGUUGCUUCAUUCCACAGCUUUACUUUGGCUAUUGUUGCUUGUGCACUUGCCUUGCUUGUGCAAGUCAUUCUAGAGAGCAUAACAUGCGAGAAUCUAAACAAGGACUCAUGCGCUUUUGCGAUAUCAAGUACUGGGAAGCGUUGUGUGUUAGAGAAACAUCUUAGAAGGAGUGGCGAAGAAGUAUAUACAUGUAAGACGUCGGAAAUUGAGGCUGAUAAGCUCAAAGACUGGAUUGAAACCGACCAGUGUAUUCAGGCUUGCGGUGUUGAUAGGAAUACCCUCGGAAUUUCUUCUGAUUCUCUCCUCGAGUGCCACUUUACCCAGAAGCUGUGCUCCCCUCAAUGCUACAAACAUUGCCCUAAUAUUGUUGAUCUCUACUUCAACCUUGCUGCUGGCGAAGGUGUAUAUCUUCCCAGGUUGUGUGAAGAACAACGGGGAAAUGCACGCCGUGGAAUGGCGGAGAUCAAAAGCUCGGGAAUAGUUGCACCAGCACCGGAAUCUGGAGUCAAGCCCGUCAAUUUCAUGAUUACUGAUCACGCCCAACUACAUGGCGAGAACCGUACCGCUUCAUCCGCUGAUCAGCAGCCCGAGCCCCAGUGGCAGCUCCCACGAGCGGCAGAGGACGAGGCCGAGGCC